CUGCAGCCGCACAACUCCGCCUUCCUCUCCCUCUUCAUGGGCACCCCGCUGCCCGGGGCGCCCUGGCUGUACUCGCAGCUGUACCAGCCGCCGCACUUCCAGGGCGCGGAUCUGCACUCCAUGGCACUGCAGCUGCAGCAGCGCCACGCGGCGGCCGUCGGCUCGCUGGGUUCCCUCACUGACUCCAAGAUGUCGUCUGGAGGCUCGGACGAGGACGGCGAGGUGAACGUCCACGACGACGACAAGGACGACGAGGACGACGACCGACGGCGGGGGCGGCACGUCGACGACGACGACGAUGACGACGACGACGUGGACGUGGCCGCACCGUGCAGCCCGCAGCAUCCCGGGUCCGAGAGUUCACUGCGCCACCGGCAGUCGCCGUCGCCGUCAAGGUCCUCCCCCGGGGCCUCCAGGUCACCGCCGUCCACCCCCACCGGCCCCGCGCACAGGCACCGCCUCAAAGCGGCGUCCCCCGUGACCUCCCUGCGGGCCAGAGCCAGCCCCAACAAGGUGGUGUGGAGGCCUUACUGAGAUCCUGUCUUCGGGACGGGACGAAUGUGGCUCUCAAAAAGUGGGAACGCGCCGUCGCAUUUCCCGAGACUUGAACAGACAACUCUCUGGUAAAUUCUGACGCGAUGGCGUCUUAUCGCAGCUAAUUGUGUUAAACACUCACUGUGACACCUCUGAAUUGCGUUGCCAUGAAUUUUCCAAUAGCUGUGUGUAGCUGAAUGUCCUUGUCCCGGCGUUUUCCUCCUCAAUGUGUAACCUAGUGAUAUGUUGUAAGUUACGUUGUGAAAGAUUGUACAUACACAUGUGUCACACAUAUUAUUAAAAUGUAAUAAGGCUUCACAUGUAUCAUAUAUCGAAGCAUAUUGUAAGUAAAAAUCUCACAAUUGUUGGAAGUUCCAGGCAGCAUCAAUUCAGAUAGCUUUAAAUCUAAGAAAAUAAUUGUGAUCUUAAUUUAAGUUUUGGUUUUUAAAUAAUAUUAUUGAUAGUUAACUGUCAUCAUAAUUAUUGGAGACAGGGUAGGGCUGUCAACCUGCUACUGUUGUUGACAUUGGUCUGUUAUCUUUUAAUACAUUUAAUUGAAUUGGA